AUGGACGUCGACGACGUCCCGAUCGACGCCGACCGCGCGCGGACGUGGGAAGAUUUGCUCGAGCGCGCGCUCAGAGACGAGGGCGCCGCGGAGGCCGCGGUGCGGACGAGCGAUGGAUUUCGAUCGACGCAUUCGAGCGCGAAAACCGAGUCAACGGGCGGUGGAGGGACGACGACGCCGAGAACGUUCUUGCGAAAGGGGGCGCGGUCGGCGAGAACGUCGCCGUUGACGCCGAAGACGACGCCGAGGGUGGAGAGCGCGCGAGCGAAGGUGGGAUCGAGAAGCGGAGGUGGGGGGGCGGCGACGACGUCGCGCGGGACGCCGGGCGCGAACGGGACGCCGAGGGAGACGAGCGGGCGAACGAUGAAGGCGUCUCCGCGAGGCCGAGGGCUGUUCGAGUUCGACCAAGAUGCGAACGUGCAGCCGUCGACGAUGGAGGCGUGGCGGGCGCACAAGGUGCGGAGCGCGAGCGAGGUGGAGGCAUUCGAGGCACUCGAACUGCGCGCUCGAAACGGGACGCGCCGUGACGGAGAGGCGGCGACGUCCGCGACGACGAGGACGAUGCGAGCGAGCGAUGGGGUCGACGGCGGUGCCGUCGUUCGUGAUUUCAUCUCGUCGCCGAGUGCGGAGGAGCAGAAGGCGCGCGCCGCGUUCGAGCAGGCCAAGGCGAAUCUCACGCAGAGCGAACGUCGGUUCGCCGAGGAAAAGGCGGCUUGGCGAGCGCAGAGAGACGCCGCGGAGGAGGCGUUCAAGGCUGAGUGCGAUGACGUUCGAAGACAGUUCAGGCGCGAGAAGGCGGCACUUAUGCGCGAGAUGGAGACUCGAAUGGCGAUGCCGACCAAGGAGGAGCGAAACGAGUCCAAGUUCUUGCGCGAACAACUCGAGCGAAACGAAGAGGAAUUCAAAGCGGAACGAAAGCGCGCCAAGCUUACGGUGGACAGGCUUCGACAACAAAUAGUCGAUCUCACGAACGAGGUCUCACAACUUCGUAUGGAAAAGCGAGCGAUCGAAGAGAAGCGAGAGGUCGCCGAACGUCUUCGCGAGCAGGCGACGACGACGCACACGCCGCCGCGUCGCGCCGAACCGGCGUUCGAGUCGCCCGGCCGUUCAAUGGUUUCCUUGAGCCCGAAACCACCCGUCUCCGAGUCUCUCAUGUCAAUCGUUCCGAGAGCGCUGAGCGUGUACGAUCCCACGCCGAGUGUCAGCACGGCUCAGUCCGCAAACGCAGGUGCAAUGCGCGAGCGCGAGCACGACGACGGUCGCGUCGAGCGCUCCUUCGCCGACGGCCGCCGCGUCGUUACCUUCCCCAACGGCACUUGCAAAGAGAUCGUGCAGCGCUCGCCCGAUGAAGUCAUGGAGACCAUCUACUUCGUCAACGGCGACGUCAAGCGCACGCAUCCCGGAGGAACGAUCGAGUACUACUACAGCGACGUCGAGACGUGGCACACGACGCACCCAUCCGGCGACGAGCUCUACCACUUCGUCGCCACCGACCAGGUUGAGCUUCACCGCGCCCGAGGUUCGAGUUCGGGCGUGGAGAAAGAAAUCUUAUUUCCCGACGGUACCCUACGACGGAUUCACGUCGACGGUCGAGAGGAGGACGUCGACCCGUCGCGUUGA